CUUUUAUUAACAGCGAAAGGGAAACGAGUGUGGCAAGGGGCGGCCGUCGACCUGAGAACACACUGGCCGAACAGGGAGGGAGAGAGAGUGAGAGAGACGAUGUGGAGAAGGGUUUGCGUCGCCCCUCGGCGAUCCGCUCUCGCGAAACCCCAUCCGUCGUCCGCCCCCCUUCGCGGCCGCGCCCUCUCCCCCUUCCCGCCCUCCCCGAAGCCGGCAGUGUUCUUCUCCUCCGUUUCAGGUGAUGGAUCGUUGAAGAAGAGGGUGGAGGACGUGAUGCCGAUUGCCACCGGGCUCGAGCGCGAGGAGAUCCAGGCCGAACUGGAGGGAAAGAAGCGGUUCGAUAUGGAUGCCCCCGUAGGCCCCUUCGGCACCAAGGAAGCACCUGCUGUCAUCCAAUCUUAUUAUGACAAGAGGAUAGUUGGCUGUCCUGGUGGUGAAGGUGAGGAUGAACAUGAUGUUGUCUGGUUUUGGUUGGAGAAAGGCAAGCCUCAUGAAUGCCCUGUGUGCUCACAAUACUUUGUGCUGGAAGUGAUUGGUGAGGGAGGGCCCCCAGAUGGACAUGGUGAUGAAGAUGAUCACUGAACGUGGAGCUGAAUCAUGCAAGAAAUAAAAAUUGGUGAGGGGGGAAGUCUCUCUGUUGUGUAGCUUCAGACAACUUUUUGGUAUCUUCAAUUUUCUUGCCCAAGUGUGGCUUAUGUUUUUGCUUGUAUUUUUCUUUUUGGCUACCAUCAAUUAUCAAUGGACUCUUGGGGUUUUAGUGCAUUGUCAAAUAAUAUACUGGCCACAUUAGAGACCUCAUUCUUUCUUGAUAAGAGUGUCAGAUUGAUGAAGGUUUGUCUGUUUUGAACAUAUUAUAGUGGUCUAUUUGUGUUUGCUAAAACCAACUUCUUAGGGCUACCAAUGUAACAACUUUUUAGACUCUGUUGGCCUUUAGGAUCCAUUCCUACUGAUGUUGCCAGCUUUUGGUGAAGUCGGUGGCUGCUUUAUACCGUGACAACAUUAAUUUUAAAGACUUGAGAUAUUUUGAUGUUA